CCGAGCUGAGCAAUAUGUUAACCUCAUUUGUAAGAUAAAAAUGAAAUUUAUGCAUACCAUGUCGUUUCGGUAACCUCCUCAUGAUUCCGAAAAUACCCUCAAUACCUUUUUCUUUUUUUUUUUGAGAAAUAUCCUCGCUAACACUUCCACUGCAUGCCAUUUUCGAGAGAAAAAAGAAAACGGACUGGAAAAACUCAAAAAAAAAAAAAAAAGUUUUUGUGUUCUCCACGAGAAGGGAAAGGAAAACAAAAAAAAAAAAACUUGAACUUUCACCCCGGAGUAGCAUCGUCCACUUCGGAAUACGAAGGAGACUAAAGAAAUGGUUUCAGAUUCGGACCUCGUGACCCGACUUCGCGAAAUUCUCCAGGACUCUGACCUUAACACGGCCACCGCUGGCAGUGUCCGCCGGAAACUGGAGGAAGUUUUCGGCGUUGAUUUAUCGGAUAGGAAAGCAUUUAUUAGGGAACAAAUCGACAGUUACCUCGAAACCCUGGAGAAUGACAAUAAGGAAGACGAAGAAGAAGACAAACCAGAGAAUGAAAUGCACAAUGAAGAAGAAAAUGAAAAUGAAAACGAUGCCGCUGAAGAAAAUGAAAAACAAGAAGAAAAUGAUGAAAACGAGCAGAGUGAGGAGAGUGAAAGGUCAAAAAAGGCAAAGAAAAGGGGAGGUGGAUUUACCAUGCUUUGUAGCCUCUCUCCACAGCUUCAUAAGUUUGUUGGGGUCUCUGAAUUAGCUAGAACUGAGGUUGUGAAGAAACUUUGGGCCUAUAUCCGGGAGAAUGAUUUGCAGGACCCAAAGAAUAGGCGGAUUAUAAAAUGUGAUGAAGCAUUGCGUGAUCUUUUUCGUGUAAAUUCGAUUAAUAUGUUUCAAAUGAAUAAGGCCCUCUCCAAGCAUAUUUGGCCAUUAACCGCACAAGCUGAAAAUGAGAAGCUGAAGGCAAAAGAUGAAGAUGGUGAUGAUUCUGUAUCAGACUCAGAGGCAUCUAAUGACCCUGGCAAGGAAGAGGAAGAUGAAGAGGGUUCCGUGUCGGAGGGAUCUAAUGACCCCAGCAAAGAAGAGGAAGAUGAAGAAGAGAAAAUGGAAGAGGACGAAGAAGAGGAAGAGGAUAAUAAAAGAAGCAAGAAAGGAAGGGCUACUAAGGUGAAUAAGGAUGUUAAGAAAAGAGGAGGCGGCUUCACGAAAUUGUGUAGCCUUUCUCCACAACUUCAAGAGUUCAUUGGAGAGUCAAAAUCGGCCAGAACAGAGGUUGUGAAAAAGCUUUGGGUCUAUAUCCGGGAGAACAACUUACAAGAUCCAAAGAAUAGACGGAUUAUAUUAUGUGACGAAUCAUUGCGAGCUCUUUUUCGUGUUGAUUCCAUUAAUAUGUUUCAAAUGAAUAAAGUUUUGUCCAAGCACAUAUGGCCAUUAAAUGAGGAGGAAGAAAAUGAGAAGCUGAAGGCAAAAGAUGAAGAGGGUAAUGAUUCUGUGUCAGAAGCAUCUAAUGGCUCUGGAAAAGAAGGGGAAGAUGAAGAAGAGAAAAGUGAAGAGGACGAAGAAGAGGAGGAGGGAGACAAAGAGGAAGAGGAAGCAGUGGAGAAAGAGGAUAGUGAAAGAAGCAAGAAAGGAGGGGCUACUAAGGUGGAUAAAGAUGUAAAGAAAAGAGGAGGUGGCUUCACUAAAUUGUGCAGUCUUUCUCCACAACUUCAAGAGUUCACUGGAGAGUCUGAAUUAGCCAGAACAGAGGUUGUGAAGAAGCUUUGGAUCUAUAUCAGGGAGAACAAUUUACAAGAUCCAAAGAAUAAAAGGAAUAUAUUAUGUGAUGAAUCAUUGCGCACACUUUUUCGGGUUGAUUGUAUUAAUAUGUUUCAAAUGAAUAAGGUGUUGUCCAAGCACAUAUGGCCAUUAGAUGAGGAGGAUGCAGAAAACUCAUUACAAAAAGAGAGACGAAGUAAGCAACAGAGAGAAGAAGAUUCAGAUGAGCCAAAACAGAAGGAAAAACGCCAGAAGAAAGGAGUUUCUGGUCUUCUUGUUCCCCUUCCACUCUCAGAUCCUCUUGUAAAAUUUAUUGGCACUGGCGAAAAUGAAUUAUCUCGGGCAGAUGUUGUAAAGCGAAUAUGGGGAUACAUAAAACAAAAUGAUCUGCAGGAUCCAUCUGACAAGCGGAGAAUCCUAUGUGAUGAUAAGCUAAAAGAAUUAUUUGAGGUUGACUCAUUCAAUGGCUUCUCAGUCUCAAAGCUCCUGACGGCUCAUUUCAUUAAAAUGGAACAAGGAGCAGUGCAGGGGUGUUAUCCUCCUAGACAGGAAUUGCAAUAUAUGGGACAUCUUGGAGGUUUGCAGGGCCUUUAGAAAGUGUAGAUAAAUUUGCCACUGGGAAAGCCAGCUUGCCAUGCAUUGUGGUGUUUCAGGGAGCCAGGUCAAGAAAAUAAGUCCAGAAAAUUUUCAUACUCCGUUUGGUUCUUUUCAGCAUAUUUUGUUUUGCUGACAUGUAUUAUGUCCUCAUGCCGAUUAUGUUGCCCGAUUGGUGAGUUUUGGCCAGGGAUGAGAAAAUAGGAUAGCUGAAUAUGGCGUGGCUUCAAAAGUUGCAAGCUUAUGGCUGUGUAUGGCUCAUUGUUCUUUGAUACUAAAAUCAAUUUCUUGAUUAACUGAAGUGCUAUUGCCGACUACAAAUGCUAACUUCGACAUAAAAUACUUGAAGCACUUGUUUGUGGAAGUGUCUAGAUCUCACGUAUCUUGUCUUAAAUUGGGAUCCUAAAUUAAUUCUGAUUUAUGACAAUGAUUUCUCUAAAUGAUGAUCAGCUCCGACUUGUAUUAUCUCGUUUUCUGGUUUGUUUCGUAAUCAUGUAUGGGAUCUGCAUAUGUGUAAUAGCAGCGCAGCAGCAGCUUUAAUGUAAUAGGUGCUUAUAUUAACAACAAUAAAGUGCAUAGUGUUGUUGUAUUAUAUUGAUUAGAGAAACUAACAUGAAGCAUG